AUGGACCUAUCACUAGUCCUAAAUACAUUCAUACUCCUAACCCUAGCAACCCUUUCUACACCUAUCCUAUUCCCCCUCCUAUCCCCCAACUCUAAAAACACCCCCAACACCAUCACAAACACAGUCAAAGCCUCCUUCCUAAUUAGCUUAGUCCCUAUAACAAUCCACAUCUACUCAGGAACGGAAAGCCUCACCUCCCUAUGAGAAUGAAAAUUCAUCAUAAACUUUAAAAUCCCUAUCAGCCUAAAAAUAGACUUCUACUCGCUCACUUUCUUCCCUAUCGCAUUAUUCGUAUCAUGAUCUAUCCUACAAUUCGCAACAUGAUACAUAGCUUCAGACCCCCAUAUCACAAAAUUCUUCAUCUACCUACUAUUCUUCCUAAUAGCAAUACUCAUCCUAAUCCUCGCUAACAACCUAUUCGUCCUAUUUAUCGGCUGAGAAGGAGUCGGAAUCAUGUCCUUCCUACUAAUCAGCUGAUGACACGGCCGAGCAGAAGCCAACACCGCUGCUUUACAAGCCAUCCUAUACAACCGAGUUGGAGACAUCGGCCUCAUCCUAUGCAUAGCAUGACUAGCCUCAACCAUAAACACCUGAGAAAUCCAACAACUCCCCUCCCCAUCACAAACCCCAACACUGCCCCUAUUAGGUCUCAUUCUAGCCGCAACCGGCAAGUCCGCACAAUUCGGCCUUCACCCAUGACUACCCGCCGCCAUAGAAGGACCUACCCCUGUCUCCGCCCUACUUCACUCCAGCACAAUAGUAGUAGCCGGAAUCUUUCUACUCAUCCGAACCCACCCCCUACUUAGCAACAACCAAACCGCCCUAACCCUCUGCCUAUGCCUAGGAGCCCUAUCCACCCUAUUCGCAGCCACAUGCGCCCUUACUCAAAAUGACAUUNAAAAAAUCAUUGCCUUUUCCACUUCAAGCCAGCUGGGCCUAAUAAUAGUCACAAUCGGACUCAACCUUCCCGAACUAGCCUUCCUCCACAUCUCAACGCACGCAUUCUUCAAAGCCAUACUCUUCCUGUGCUCAGGAUCCAUUAUCCACAACCUAAACGGCGAACAGGACAUCCGAAAAAUAGGAGGUCUCCAAAAAAUAAUACCCACAACCACCUCAUGUCUUACUAUCGGUAAUCUAGCCCUAAUAGGAACACCAUUCCUGGCAGGAUUCUACUCAAAAGACCAAAUCAUCGAAAGCCUAAGCACAUCCUACCUAAACACCUGAGCCCUACUACUAACCCUCCUAGCUACAGCAUUCACCGCAGUGUACACAAUUCGCAUAACCGUACUAGUACAGACCGGCUUCGUUCGAAUUCCUCCUCUAACCCCAAUAAAUGAAAACAACCCCGCAGUGACUUCACCCAUCACUCGACUCGCACUAGGAAGCAUCCUAGCAGGAUUCCUCAUUACCUCAUUCAUCAUCCCCACAAAAACCCCCACAAUAACUAUACCUCCAUCCAUCAAAAUAACAGCCCUAGUAGUAACCGCCCUAGGAAUCGCUUUAGCCCUAGAAAUCUCAAAAAUAGCCCAAACCCUCAUUCUUACAAAACAAACCACCUUCUCAAACUUCUCCGUAUCCCUAGGUUACUUCAACCCCCUGACCCACCGCCUAACCAUAUCCAACCUCCUCAACGGAGGACAAAACAUUGCCUCACACCUAAUCGACCUAUCCUGAUACAAAAUCCUAGGACCAGAAGGACUGGCCAACCUACAACUAAUAGCAACCAAAACCGCUACCUCCCUUCACUCAGGCCUAAUCAAAGCCUACCUAGGAGCAUUUGCCUUAUCCAUCAUCAUUAUCCUCAUAUCCCUACACAGA